AGUGAGUCAGAGCAAGAGAGAAAGAACGAUAUGUCGGUUGCGUCGGUAUUGUGUCUGUGUAGGCGAAGGAUGGCAUUACGAAUUACGAUAGUUAGGCGAGGUGGUACCGCGUUCGAGUGAUAAAGAUUAAAGAUUCCCGACUGGCUCACCAGCUUGUAACAACAACAAUAAUAAUACAAGAAAAAAAUAAUACAAAGGAGUCAAGGUCGUCGAAACUACGUCCCACAAAACAUUAUUAUUAGAUAUUGGUGGCGGCGGCGGCAAUCGGCAUUUUGGCUUGGCGGUCAUUUUUAUCGCUUUAUAGCAUCUGUGUGAGCGUGUGUGUGUGAGCGUGAGUGCGCGCGCGCGGUGAGUAAACAAAAACAACUCAAUAAAUAUUAAAUAAUAAACGUUCAACGGACAAAGCAAGUGUUUCGACUUUCAAGUGUGUGUUGAACGCAUUCAUUUGAUUUGUGCGCCUCUUUUAUUCGUUCGACAUUUCGACCCCUCGUACGGCGUUCGAAUCGAUACGGUGAAUUGAGAUCCAUAGUUAUUAAUAACCAUUUUUCGACCGAUCGUCGGCGGACCGAAGGCGUCUGAACGUAGCCGUACUGUUAAUUUAUCCUGACCGGAAAAGUCAUUGGUAAUUUGCCCUUCGGAGUUCGGUAUCGGCGACAUCUGCAUUCAUCUGGAAUUGGACAAGGACUCUGUUCGUCUGUAUUGGACUCCGGUGCUAUCGGCGUAAAAAUGGAAAGUUCGACGACAUACCUGAAAUUCAGUAAUUGCUGUACACAACAUAAACGGUGCUGCCCGCAUAAUUUGCGGAUAUAAACAAUAUUGACAUUGCUACAUUGCUGUAUCCACCAUGAAACUAUUGGAGAGCUCGCAAUUAGUGGAGCUAUCGAGAGCGCUUUGUGUUGACCGAGGAGAUGUCAAAGUUGUUGCCAGGAUUGAAAGUUAUUCAUGCAAAAUGGUUGGAGAUGAAAAACACAAGUAUAAAAAGUUUUACUCCCAGAGUGGCACACAGCCAGGUGACCUCGAAGCGCUGGGCUGUUCACCCAACAGUGAUCCACGAUAUGGAAGAAGGUAUUAAAAAACAAUUCUGCACUUACAAUUUUAUAAACAUA